AUGUCUUGCUACGACCUGUGCUCCACCACCGUUGGUGGCAUCUACCGCCCCCAGCCCCUCGCUGACAGGGGGAAUGAGCCAUGUGUCCGUCAGUGCCCUGACUCCACAACUGUGAUCCAGCCACCUCCGGUCGUCGUGACCUUCCCUGGCCCCAUCCUCAGCUCCUUCCCUCAGGAUUCGUUUGUGGGAUCCUCUGGAGCACCCAUCCUUGGGGGCUAUGGGGGCUCCCUGGGCUAUGGGGGCUAUGGAUCCCUGGGCUACCAGGGUCUGGGGAGCUAUGGAGGCUAUGGGUCCCUGGGUUAUGGGGGUCUGUACAGAUAUGGGGGCUCCUCCCUGGGCUGUGGGGCUCUGUAUGGCUAUGGGGGCUCCCUGGGUUACAAGGGCCUGUAUGGCUAUGGUAGAUCCUAUGGUUCUGGCUCUUGCAGCCCUUACUCCUACUCAUAUAACAGGUACCGCCGUGGCAGCUGCGAUCCCUGUUAA